ACUCUUUUUCACUCGGGUUCUUCUUGGCAUGGGAUCUUAACUCAGAGACAUAGCCACACCAUUGUCUAUAGAUAGAGUGAAAAUGGCGGUGGAGUUGAUGGGGUUUCCAAAAAUGAACGAACAGAAAGCAAUGGAAGAGGCUGCAUCGGAAGGAUUAAAGGGAAUGGAACACCUGACUCGUCUUCUCUCUAACCAACCCUCUCAUCUACAAACUCAAAUCACCGACGCCACCGUUUCCCACUUCAAAAAACUCAUCUCCUUACUCAACCGCACCGGCCACGCCCGUUUCCGCCGCGCGCCGCUUCCUUCGUCUCCCUCUUCUUCUGUCUCUCCGCCACCGCCUAAUCCGGUCACCCUUCACCACCCUCCUUCGAGCUUCGUCCCCACGCAGUCACACACUCUGACUCUCGAUUUCUCAAAACCUAACAUGUUCAGCUCCAAUGCUAAGUCCAUCGACCUCGAGUUCUCCAACCAAACAUUCACCGUCUCCUCCAACUCCUCCUUCAUCUCCUCCGCCAUCACCGGAGACGGAAGCGUUUCCAACGGUAAACAAGGUUCCUCCAUCUUCCUCACCCCACCGCCGCCUCCUCUCUCCGCCGGAAAACCCCCUAUCUCAUCGGUCACAGUCAAGAAGAGGUGCCACGACCACCGCGAACACUCCGACCAUAACUCCGGCAAGAUCUCCGGCUCCAACAAGUGCCACUGCAUUAAGAGAAGGAAGAAUCGUGUGAAGAAGACAAUAAGAGUGCCGGCGAUUAGUUCAAAGAUCGCCGACAUUCCGCCGGACGAGUACUCGUGGAGGAAGUACGGUCAAAAACCGAUCAAGGGAUCGCCGUAUCCGAGGGGGUAUUACAAGUGCAGUACGAUGAGAGGGUGUCCGGCUAGGAAACACGUGGAGCGUGCUUCGGACGAUCCAACGAUGUUGAUCGUGACGUACGAGGGGGAACACCGUCACUCUAUUCAUGCCGCGAUGCAGGAGAAUAUUUCCGGGGGUUUGAUAUUUGAGUCAACAUGACAUUGGAAUUAGGAAAGGGCAACUUUUGGGUUUUUUUUUUUUAGUUGGAGAGAAGCAAAAUGUGAAUGGGAAUUAAGGCGGGGUUGCAAUGUAAAUCUGCUCCGAUUCAAAAGAUUAUUAUUAUGUUAGUACUAUAUUACAGGGAAUGGGAAUCUUAAUCUUCUCC